AUGGAAUCGAAGUUGCAGAAUACAUCAGGACUGCCGGGUGUGACUGAAACUACUCAACGUAUAAAUGUCCUGGUGGAUGAGCUGUGUUAUCAUUGUUCGGUGUGUGGAAAGAGUUUCCGUUUUCCGUCGGAGUUGGAAAUGCAUCGUCGAACGCACACAGGAGAGAGGUUUUUCGAAUGCAGCUUCUGCAGAAAGCAGUUCAGUAAUUCGCAUAUCCUCUCAGUGCAUCAGCGAAUCCACAGCAGGGAGAAACGUUUCGAAUGCGAUGUGUGCAAAACGCGAUUUAACACGUCAAGUUACCUGCUGGUGCAUCGGAGAACUCACACGGGAGAGAAGCCGUUCGAAUGCAGCGCGUGCGAAAAGAGAUUCAUUACAUCCAGUGACCUGGCAAGGCACAAGCGAACUCACACCGGACAGAAACCGUUUGAAUGCAAGGCGUGCAAAAAGAAAUUUAGUGAAUCCAGUGACCUGCUGAGGCAUCAGGACAUCGGAGAGAAACCAUUUGAAUGCGACGCGUGUGAGAAGCGAUUUAACACAGCUGGCGAACUCCUGGUGCAUCGGAGAACUCACACGGGAGAGAAACCUUUCGGGUGUGAGGCGUGUGAGAAGCGGUUUAAAACGGCCAGUGCGUUGUCAGUGCACCAGCGGUCUCACACCGGGGAGAAACCGUUCGGGUGCAACACGUGCGAGAAACGGUUUAACAGGCUCUGCGCUCUGUCACGGCACCAACUCACACACACCGGGGAGAAGCCGUUUGAGGGCGACCUGUGCAAGAAGCGCUUUAACGCAACGGGAGCACUGCUGGCGCAUCAGCGGACGCACACGGGAGAGAAACCGUUUGAAUGCGGCGUGUGUCGGAAACGAUUCAAUAGGAUUGGCAACCUGUCGGCACACCAGCAAACUCACACUGCUCAGAAGCAGUUCGGGUGCGAGCGGUGUGACAAGCGGUUUCAUAGACCGGAUAAUCUGUCAAGGCAUCGGCGGACGCACACCGGAGAGAGUGAGUUUGAAUAUGAGGUGUGUAAAAAUAGGUUCAGUAAAGCCAGUGGUCUGGUCCGGCAUCAGAGAACUCACACUGGGGAGAAGCCCUUUGAAUGUGACGUGUGUAAAAAACGGUUCAAUAGAUUACAUCACCUGUCUCGGCAUCAACAAGUUCACACUGGAGAGACUUCUUACUAACACGGACAGACAGACACACCCACAGACAGCAACUUCAGAUUCCUGUGUCUGUUUUUCCUAUCACCAUC